UUGAAUGCUUGGUGACUUCAAUAUUUGCUCUAAUCAUUGUGCUGUCUAUGUUUAUGUGUGUUCAAAAUUUAAAAGUUUGAUUUGUUUACAUAUCAAAAAUUUAUAUAUUAUCAUAUUCUAGACAUAAAAAAUGAAAUAAUUAUUCUGAAUGUUUUGAAAAAUGUUGAUAAUACUGGAGAAUUGUAAAUUUUUUUUGAUCUGUUACAAGCUUUAAUUGGAAAUUUUAGUUUUUGCUUAUAACAGAUUACUUCCUGAGUAAAGCCAUUGGUUCAUAACUAGUUGGGAUAUAUAGCUAGCUGGUUUGCAAAAUUACCUGAUGUUCUAAAUUCUGUUGGGUUUUCUUUGUUGUUUUAGACUGUGUAUGUUUUUUCCAUAAUGAAAUAGAAUAAAUAGAAGAUAUGGUAAAUAAUAACUGUGUAAAUAAUUCUGAAUCAUCUUUAUUAGUUUGUUAAUGGUGCAAACAGUAAAACAUUCAUUAAUAAAAGCAGGCUUUUAAAUUGUUUACUUUCCAUUUGAGCAUAAUUAUUUUGAUAUGUUCUGGUAAGUAGUCUCUGGAAACAUUGAUCAUUCAAUAUGGAUGCUAUUAGCAGUGAAACAAAUGGUUCCAAAGAUACUAUUAUGAAAAAGAAAGAACUCAAAACAGCAAUGCUGGAGAAACGCGAAGAGGAAAGAGUAGAUAGCAUUCAACAAAAACGGAAUCAAGACACAGAGUCAAAAGCGAAGAUGGAAACUUAUGAUUAUUUUAUAUCACAUUUCAAAGAUGAGUGCGAUGCUGUACAAACUGAACUGGACAGAACAGAUAUCAAUAAAUCUGAUCGCAUUCAAAUUGCAAGUUAUCUUGAAAAUUUAUCUGAGUCCUAUGAAAAAGUUUUAAAAUUUGUAAAUAACUCUACAAUGUUUCUACGACCUUAUCAACUUGAGCAGGCACAGAAAACUCUUAAUCAGGUUCAGACGGAUGUUUCCAAGAAGAAGCUUGAACUGAUUCCCAAAAAAAAGUUCACAUUUAAAUCUAAAAAGAAGAACGAAGUAUCAAUUAAAGAAUCUGAUAAGAAUCCUGUAAAAAAAGUCGACGAUAAGAAAUUUAACUUCUCCGCGAGUGAAUGCGGAAUAUCUGAUAAAUACGAUGCGACUAUAGCUAUGAAACCUGAUGAAAUUAAUCAAAGAGAUGUAUCAUUGACAAAACUAGAAAAUUGCCGACUGGAAUUAAGUGGUUAUCCAGGAACAGUACACCUUAACAACAUAAAAAAAUGUGUCAUAUUGUGUGGACCUGUAUCAGGUUCUGUGUUUGUUGAUAACUGUACCGAUACCAAGAUUAUCACUGGGUGUCAACAGCUCCGUGUACAUAAUACAACUGAUACUGAUUUCUAUAUCCAUGUCACCAGUAGAGCAAUUAUUGAAGACACAUCGAGGGUACGAUUUGCACCAUUCAAUUGGACCUAUGAAAAUCUUCAAGAUGAUUUUGGUAAAUCUGGCCUGAAUAAAGAUUUGAAUAACUGGAGUAAGGUGGAUGAUUUCAAUUGGUUAGCUGCUGAUAUACCUUCACCAAACUGGUCUUUAUUGCCAGAGUCUGAACGAAAACAACAGUGGUAGAUAUUUUAACCUACAAAGGAUGAUGUAUUCUGAAUAAUUAUACCAUAGUCAAAAACAAAUCGAAUAUUGUGUGUUGUAGGUUACGUUGGCCAUAUUUGCAUACCUAUUGUGUUAAAUAUUUAACCGUUUUAGAAAUAAAUGAGAUAAUUUGUAACGAUAA